CUCCAAUAGAUUUGGUCGUUUUUCACAAUGGCGCGAUGUCGUCCCACGAGGGUUGGAAGCGUUGUGCUCCUUUUGAGCCUGGGAUGGUGGGCCACAGUGGCCACGGUGGCCAUGGUGGCUGCAGUCCCCGGCACCAUCAGGGCCAUCAUCACCGAUGUGGAUGGCACGCUGAUGCCUUUCGCCACCAGCUCCAAGUUGUCGAACCGCAACCGGGCAGCGUUGACCGCGGCGAAAGAGGCGGGCUGCGCCAUUUCGGUCGCCACGGGCCGCAUUCCUGGCCCGUGGUAUGACUCGUUGUGCUCCCAACUGCCAGGUGUUUUGGGCCCAGGAGUCUUUUCCAACGGAGCUUUGGUUUUGAAAGGAGAUGAAGUGUUCCAUGCAUCAGUGCUACCUGCAGAGACAGUGGCAACUGUGGUGGAAUGUCUGGUGGAUGGUCGUGUGCAUGGCCGAAAGAUUGGGGCUUUGGCUGUGGUCGCCGCUGAUGGCUUUGAAUAUAGCGAGUUGGCACCUGAGGGGCCAACGUGGGUCACACGACUGAUCCAACGUGCCGGUGAACCUGUGACACCCAGAGGGUCUUGGAAUCCGUGGCUGCUGCAGAGGGAGGUUCACAAAUUUGUGAUGUUUACAGCACCAGAUGACCCCAGUUGGGCUGCAAUGGAUCAGGUUGUCCCAUUGCUUCGCGAGAAGCUGGCUACGUCUGCUACAGUGUUAGAUUGUGGUGCGAAGCAGUGUGAGAUUCUGCCGCCAGGGGAGAACAAAGGCACAGGCGUACAACGUCUUCUCUCCGUUCUGGGCAUUGAUGAGUCUGAAGCGAUGGCCUGCGGUGAUGCCGUAAAUGACGUGGAAAUGUUGAAGCUGGUCGCCAAGGGGGUGGCCAUGGGCGAUGGGACUUCCAUUGCACAAGCUGCUGCCGAUGUGGUCGUUGCAGCGCACACGGAGGAUGGUGUGGCCGAAGCCAUUGCCUUGAUGGCGAUGAUCAUGUUCCUCUUCGCCGUGGCCAUCACGGAAGCCACCACUGUUUACGUGGUUCACCAAGGAACUGGUGACACUGGUGACACCACUAAACUGAUGAGAUAUUGGAGUUCGAUCUUAGGUUCUAUGUAUACGCUGUUGUUGUCCACUUCUGGUGGUACCAACUGGAUAGAGCCCGCAUCUGCACUACAAGAGCUACAUUUUAUCUACCCGAUUCUCUUUGUAUUGUAUAUAUGUUUCAUGGUGUUUGCCAUGUUCAACGUCCUGACGGGUUUUUUCUGUGAGCACGCCUUUGAAAUGGCCCGGACAGAAAAGGAAUCAUUGAUUCAGGAGCAGCUGCGAAGGAAACACAUCUACGUGAAACACUUUAGGCAAUUGUUUGCUGAAGGUGAUGCUGACGGCAGCGGGUUCAUCAGUUUUGAUGAGUUCGAGCGCUUUUUGGAGGAUGAGCAGCUCCAAGCGUAUUUGGCGCAUUUCAAUGUCGAUGUGGACAGCGCUUGGCAGAUCUUCCGGCUGAUCGACUCCAACAAGGACGGCUCUGUGACGCUGGAGGAGUUCAUCUCGGGGCUGUUGACCAUGAAGGGCCCAGCGAAGGCCAUCGAUGUGAAAACCAUCGGCUAUGACAUUGGCAAGGAGUUUCGAAGAAUGAAGCGACGGAUGCAGAGUGUCGAUCAUCAGCUCAAAGAGAUCCGCGGGAUGCUGACCAAGUGAGAAACAGCGCCACUUGGCAUCGGGUCACAUUUUCUUUUACCC